UCCGUCUGAUGCCUCCAUCUGCGUCUCUUAUGUCACCGUUAUUUCCCUCAAAGGACCUCCCACCUUCAAAUCGAUCAAGUUGCUCUGCCGGCCGCGAUGGCAGUUGAUUGCUCGCACACCCCACUUCUCGCAUUCGUACAAUCCAAGCAAGCGAUUGGAUCCGGGGUUUCUCUCCCAGACAGCGAGUCUUCUUCUCGGCUGAUUGUCAUUCAUUUUCUGGUUUUGAAGCUUUCAGAACACUCACAACACUGGUCUACACUUGUAGUUUUAUGUAUAGUACUCCAUCUUAGACAGUUGUGUUCUGACCAUUUCUUCUCUCUGGCUAUGUUCUCUUCCCAUUUCUUGCACUCGCGCAUUCACACUGCGUUGCUUCUGCCAGAAAGGCAAGGCAGGAAAAGCAACUCAUCAUAUGGUACUUUUUUAUAUGAGGAUUCAAGCAAUAUUUUUAACCCAACCUGUGAAAUAUGGAGUCUUUCCCUAUCUCCGGCGAAUUCAAGGGCGUACGAUUUUCCUGGUUUAACCGUUUAAGUACAAUCCCUGGACGAGAGUUUUAAAUGCAAAAAUUUCACUUUUUGUUAUUGCACUUUAGUUAUAGAACAUAAAGAUUAUUAUAAUACUUAGUAAUUAAUAAAAAGAAACUGAUCCCAAAACCCCAUGGUUGAGCUCUUACACCUGGACAAACUCCUGGAGUAUUUUCUACAUGAAGAGUACUUUGAGUCUUUCCAAAACCAUAUUAUGUAACCUAUACAGGACAACACAUAUGAAUAUGAGUUCAAUAGCUGCUGUAACAUCCCAAACUAAUCUGAUCUCAGAGGU